CCUCGGCGGUCAAGGCAGCUGACGCGCGUCUUCUCAUCGGCGCACUGCCCUUCACACCCUCUCCGCCUCGGGGUGUCUCGGGAGGCAACUCUUCCCCACGCCGACAGGGAGCUUCGACGCCGGGCUUGCUUGUUCCGCUCGUUCGGCCGAGCCCAUUGCCGAGUCAGUCGCGGAGGGCAGCGGCGUUCGGUCAGUCGGAGGUGCUUCGACGCGGGUCCCCACUCCCCCAGCUAGCGCUUCCAAGUCAUCAUCCGCUAACACCUGCGACAUAGCACUACCACAGCGACGGCCAAAAUCCGGGCGAAGAGAGUGCGCCGUUGAUGAUGAAGCCCGUCCACAAAGAUGGUGCCGCACUGCCCGUGGCAUCUCCUCCAAAAAUCAAGAAACAUCGGAAAGGAGAAAAAUUCUUCGAUUUCAUUCCAUGCCGACAUGUUUUCGUUCUUAUGGGAUUUCUCGGUCUGCUGAACGUGUAUUCCUUACGUGUCAACCUCAGCGUCGCUCUCGUGGCCAUGGUGAAAAGUGUCGACUCGGGAGACAAGUAUCACAACCACUCGGAAUGCCACUACAGUUACGCUAACGCGACUGACGUGUACUCGAACGAGACGGAAGACCAGAAGCCGGAGACGGGCGAGUUCGAGUGGGACAGCUACACGCAGGGCAUCAUCCUCGGUUCCUUCUUCUACGGCUACGUGAUCACGCAACUGCCCGGAGGCCGCAUCGCCGAGGUUCUGGGCGCCAGGUGGAUGUUCGGGCUGGGCGUGUUCUUCACCGCGGUGCUCACGCUCGCCAUCCCCGUCGCGUCGAGGGCCCACUACGGCGCCCUCAUUGCCAUCCGCGUUCUCCAGGGACUCGGAGAAGGCGUUACAUACCCAGCGAUGCACUCGAUGCUGGCGCAAUGGUCUCCCAAGUUCGAGCGCUCCACAGCCACUGCCCUGGUUCACGCUGGAGCCCACGUUGGUGCCAUGGCCGCACUCACCUUCUCGGGGUUCCUUGCAGCGUCGACGUUUCUCGGCGGCUGGCCAGCUGUAUUCUACGUUUUCGGCUUCCUAGGCUGCGUAUGGUUCGUAUUUUGGAUGUUCCUAGUCUAUGAUAGCCCCGAAGAUCAUCCACGAAUCACUCAGGAGGAAUACGACUACAUUUUGAUCAACCAAGGUGAAGAAAAAGUACAAAAGAACCUGAAGAUACCAUGGAAGCCCAUUGCCAUGUCGAAAGGACUCUGGGCGCUCUCUCUGGCACACUUUGGAUCAAAUUGGAUAUACUACACAUUCCUUACCAUCAUUCCCUCGUAUUUGUCUACAAUCCUUCUCUACGACAUCAAAAAGAAUGGUCUCAUCUCUUCGCUCCCGUAUCUCCUCACCACGAUCACCAGCUGUUUGGCGAGCGUUUACGCUGACGUGCUGCGAAAGAAGGGCAUCAUGAGCACCACAGCCAUCCGGAAGUUUUUCAACACUUCCGCCGCCGUGGUGCCCGCACUUCUGCUGAUCGGGAUGCCGUUGGCCGGAUGCGACAGAGUUUGGUCCGUGGUGCUCCUCAGCCUGGCCGGGGCGGCGCUCGGCGUCCGAGAAGUGGGAUUCAUGGUCACCCACAUCGACAUGUCGCCCGAUUUCGCCGGAACACUUCUUGGAGUCACAAACACUAUCGGAAAUCUCCCUGGAUUUCUCAUGCCAUACGUCGCUGGAGUGCUAACCAGUGAAGAAAACUCGAUCCGGACGUGGAGCUACUUCUACUACAUCGCCGCGGCUGUGGGCAUCGCCUGCGCAGCCGCUUUCCUGUUCUUCGGCACCGCCGAACUUCAGCCUUGGGGCAAGGGCACCGCAGCACAGGAACCGGCUUUCAUGGACGAGAAAGAGAAACCGGCCAAGGAGGAGACCAAGACGGAAAGCUCGAGACUCUAGGUGUUCGUCGCGUUAUUCUAUAACGGGACACUGCGAGCACGUACGUCGCCUGGCGGGCAGGAAAGCGAUUCCACCAUUUGCUACAUCAAGACAUGUUCUCCCGGCCGCUGCUUCCGGGGCAGCAGUGGGGCCAGAACACCGAGACAGCUGCUUGUUUGUUUGUUUAUUUGGUCAGACUUGAACACUGGUUCAGCUUACAAGUAUAGGGUCAUCAAAUGUGUUUUGCGGCAAGAAAGGGGAAGAGGGUAGAAGGGUAAAGCAUAGGUUUGGGGGUACUGUCCCUUGCGCAACAUCUCAUACUUGUGUACGUGUUCGGGCGUCAACUCGAUUUCGAUUCGUGAAAUAGAGCUGUUGCGCAACUAUCCAUCAGAACUACACGCGAUGCGUGCGCCCAAAUGAAGAAAGAUAAAAAAAAAGAGGCGAAGUGUGUUCUGAGAAGGAAAUGUGGACCAUUGUCAUUUAACAUCCACCGUGACAAACUUUAACGAUACAUUUGCAAGCAAAAAGUAAAGCAACAACGUAGUCAAAACUAUAACAUUCACAGUAGUUAAGAUGCCUGCGAAAAUACUUCCCUUCGCUUGCUUCGUUCAGUAAACCAAGUCAGCAGAGCGUCCUCAAGGAAAAGGGUAAAGUUCCGUACAGGGGCCUGUGCUCGCUUAGCAGUGUUAAGGAAUUAUAUUUUGCGAUAGCUAAAACACGCCUUUCCAAACUGGGUUUGCCGUUUCAUCGCACCGUCGAACAUCUCUUCGACCUAAGAGGAAGCAUGUCAGACUGCUGGCUGACUGCCAUGUCACGUUUCUGAACGUACUCGCAUCAGCUGCUGCAUGGUGACGUUCUUGUGGAGUUUGGUGCGUUUUCGCGUAGUCAAUGUCCGCCUGCGCCGAAAAAAAGAAAGGAGAUGGGGGGUGGGGUUGUAGUUUUGGAGGAGGUUUAACAUGGCCGUGGCUCCUGCCGCUUCUAUCACGUGCCGGUAUCGGUGCGCAGGUCCGUACAAUGCAGAUUCAAUUAGCUGCAAGGGGCUCCACGGCCAAGCUUUCUAAGCUUAUAGUAUACUUGCUUAGCGACGCGUAAAAGAAACAUUUGCGGGUGGGUUGGCGCAUUUUAUAAUCAGCCGUGACAUCUUUACGCACAAAAUAUACCUUUGCGAAUGCGCUUUGUUUACUGGAAGUGCCACAUGCUUUGGCUGAAUCCAUAUGAAGUCAAGCGUUGUCCAUGGUUGUUGGCAAGUCUUCAACCACAUAAAACUCGUUCCAUGUGGUGCAUACUUAAAGGCAAGUCAAAGAAGGUUGUUCAUUAUAAAACAAGAUUUAUUAGAAAAUGAUAACGGAAGAAAUAAUUUAACCUGCCAAUGCGCCUGGAUUUUCCUGUUGAAGUAUGGCCUAAAUUUAGCAAACUUGGACGGUCACGCAAUUGCACCAUCACUUCCUGAGUUCCGGCACGGUGACAAGUUAGGAAUAAAAAUCGAAGCUGAAUGACUGAUUAGUGAACUUGAAGGUGCCAAAACAACACUGAGACUAUCAAAGACACCGUAUUGGAGGGUACCUCCAUAUUACUUUGGGCAAGUUAAAGAUUUUUUUUAAGGUUAACCUAUAUUCAUCGUAGCAAAUCUAAGUAUAAACUUCAUCCGACAUCGAAAUGCGACCGCUGCGGUCAGCUAUCGAACCCGCUACCUCGUGCUCAGCGGUAGAACACGGCGGCAACUGAGCCACGGUGGCGGUUAAUAAUUCGAAUUUGUCUCGCAGUCAUUCGCCAUUGACGCGUGAGGUUUCUUCGGCCGAUGGAACAAUGAGACUGUUCCAAAAUGGCAGCCUAACGGCCUCACCCUUAUUAUAGCCUCACUUUAAUGGCCAUUUAAUGAGACAACGCAUGUAGCCUUAUACUUCAGCUGACAGUAGGUCUUGAUUUAUUAGCUGGCCAUGCCGUCUAGAAGGGCAAAUUCGUAAGCCCUUGAAUGUAGCUGUGGAAAAUAGCAAUCGUUCUCUCUUUGUAUCGGGUAGUCUAUCUGCUCAGGUGUGCCAAAGAAUACAUGAACUUAAGAACUCGUCAUGCUGCCUUUUCAGCAGGUACAUAAAGUUAUUUUAGCCAUUCACUGGACCAGGGUGACGAAAUAUUAGACAGUUUUAUACCAUAUAUAUUUUUUAUGACGUUGGGUGACAGAAAGCUUAUAAAAAAUAGCCAACACCAAGUUCGCUUGUACAUAUUUAUCUACUCAUGUUUGUGUUAGUGAGAAAGAAGAUGCAUAUAUAUAUGUAUAUUGUUGAGACACACAUGAUGUUUUGUGCACUUGUUGUAUUUUGUGCUCAGAGUUGACAACCACGAUGAUAUUUAAUAAACAAGUAAAUUUAUAUGUUGAAAAAAGAA